AUGUGGUUUCAUCCAUUUCUCAUUUUCUUUGGCUUUUCGAUAUUUUUGGAUAUUGUUUAUGCGGCUGGGUCACCAUUCAGAGAUUAUUCGUUCGACGAGCGAUUGCUUUUUCACAAAUGGUUUUGCGGUCGUCACCGCUCGUUGGGAACUUGCCAGGGAACGUUUACGAUGAAUCGAUACUUGACCGAAAAGGAUAAACUCAAGAAAGAGUUGGAUGAAGAGUUCCGAAUCAAAAGAGAAGUGAAAACAGAUAUUCGAGUGAAAAGAGCGAUUGAUGAUGAAGACGAAGAGUUUGAGUAUUAUUUGUGGAAGAAACAUUUGAGGAACAAGUGGAGAAGAAGAUUAGAGAUGAAUAGCGGUGACACGAUCAUCCACAAUCAUUAUCACAUCGAUCGACCUACUCCUGUUGUUCAACAACCCGCCUACCAACCCUACUAUUAUCAACCGAGUUACGGUGGAUACGGUAAUUACGGUGGAUACGGCAAUUACGGAGGAUACGGCGGUGGAUACGGCGGUGGAUACGGUGGAAACGUUUUCAAUCUGGGAAUGGGACGAGGAAUCGGCAUAUCAACCCCGAUUGGUGGUUUUGGGCUUGGCUCUUUCUUCAAUAUCGGUGUCGGA